CUUCCAGGGCUGUGGUGAAGGCUAAAUGAGAGAACGCAUGCAAGCCUAGCCCAAAGCAGCCUUUCUUCUCUUCUUCAGUACAUGCCCCUAUGGCAUUGCUUUAUACCAGUAUGUGUCUCUUUCCAUUGUAAUUGUGAGUUCACCCAUCUGUCUCCUUCUUUAGCCAGACUGAGAGUUCCUUUAAGGUGUCUUUCAUCUCUGACUCCCCCAAAACACAGGAGAAGGGCACACGGUAGGGGAGCAGCACUAUGAGUUUCAUUUUAGAAAUGAGUUUGAGGUGCCUGUGAGAAUGUCCAAGUGGAGAUGUCCACUGGCAGUUGGAUCCAACUGGGUAUAGAGCUCAGCAGAGAAGUCUGGAUUGGAGGUAAACUUUGGGGAAUGGGUUGGGAGUGUGUCAGUGGUGGUUGAAGACAUGAUUGGGAUGAGGUGUAUUGUCUUAAUUCAGGUUACUUAGAAAACUGAACCUGAGGCAAAGCUGCAGUGCUAGUUUUGAGAUACAAUCCCCAAGCAGUGAGGGUGAGGAAAGCUAGGCAGGAAAAGAGCAGAAAACACAAGGUUUGUUUUAAUGAGUGGGCCACUGCUUCACAAAUAACUGGCCACUUGUCCAAGUGUGAUGUCUCUGGAUAGACUAUUCAGAAAUGCUACGUUUGGGGUGAUGGAGGGAUGGAGAGAGCAAACUCACCUCCUCUCUCUUCUGUCUGCUGUCCUUCGUUGCUCCAAGUUGCCCUGUUUGGUGUUCGCUCCCCUUCACUUGUUGAGAUUGUGUUAGUUGACCACCCGAAAAGCCAGAUCCCACGCCCUGCAGCAUGGCAUAUCAUACAAGUCCUGAAGUGUGAGGUGAACAGACGGGCACUGGCCUAUAGGACUUGGUCAAGACAGAGUAAGCAGCUAGAGGCCUGGGAAUCAGGUGAGGCUGCAGAUCACCUGAGGAGAGAGUAUAGGGCAGGAGGAGGGCGGAGCCCUGGGCAGUUCUGAGAGUUAAAGAACCCACAGCAGAGCCCCAGGGAUCAUCACUGGAGCAGAGGCCCCCAGAGGAAGUGUCACAGGGCCAAGGAAGAGGGAGAUUUGGGGGAGGUAGUUGAUAGUUUCUUGUAUUGCUCAGUGGUCAAAUGGGCCUGAGUUCAGAGAGAAAGUGGCAUCUGAUUCUGAGAUGCCCGGUGAGCUGGUCAGAGCUCCCUCUAUUGGUGGAAUAGAGGGAAAAGAAACUGGGUUGUGGUGACGAGAAAGGGGAGAGAGGAGCACGUGUGCACUACUGUUUCCCGUUAUUCAGUGGUGGAAGUUGGGUGGCCAGGGGAUGGCAGAUAGCUGACGCAAGCAUCAUUGCCUGUAGAUGAUAAUGGGAGCUGCUUAUGGAGCCCAGGAGAUUUCUGGAAACGGAUAGGAUGUGGUGGUGGGGAGGGAGGCCUAGUGAGGCACUAUGUGUACCAAGGAUGGUGCGUAGCAUGGGAACAGUCUCCUUUGAUCCAUCUACACCCAGAACUGCCAGUUGUGAUACAAGAACACAGUCUCAAUUUUGUCUCCUAUGAGCCCCUCUCUUUUUGGGGUUCUUCGGCGGAUUUCCAGGGUCAACAUCACCUUCCCCAACCUGGAGACAACUUUGUGAAGUCGGAGUGUAUCUGUAAGAUAACUUUCUACACAGGAAUAGCUGCUACCCAAAGUGAAAUGACAUCUUCUUGCUCUCAACUAUCCAAGGGCCAUCUGAGUUAACUCUUCCAUCUUCUGGGAUAGGGGAGCCAUUCUAGGAGACUGAAACUAGGAGCGAGAUCUGAGGGUUUAACUUAGUCCUUAUGAAGAUUUUCAACCAACUCUCCUGUUUUCGGCCCCAUCCUCUAUCCUGGUGUUCAGUUAUGAAGGUGGAGGAGGAAAAGGCUGGGGUAGGGAAGCUGGACCCCCCUAACUACAGGAGACGAUGUCAGGAUCAGGAAGACUGCCGUUCCAUCCACAUUGGGCUUUCAGUCCCCAGUUACCCUCACAGGAAAAGAGACCCGAAGGGACAUCUUUCAGGCCUGCAAAAGGUCCACUGGGGCUUGCGGCCAGAGAAGCCGCAGCAGGGGCUGGCCAGUGCCUGCAGCACUGUGGAUCAUGUCAUCAGGACACGGUCUCCAGCUGCUGAGCAGCUCCAGGACAUCCUGGGGGAGGAAGAUGAGGCUCCCAACCCCACCCUCUUCACAGAGAUGGACACUCUGCAGCACGACGGAGACCAGAUGGAGUGGAAGGAGUCGGCCAGGUGGAUAAAGUUUGAAGAAAAGGUAGAGGAAGGAGGCGAGCGCUGGAGCAAGCCCCAUGUGUCCACACUGUCCCUGCACAGCCUCUUUGAGCUCCGGACCUGCCUGCAGACGGGGACGGUGCUGCUGGAUUUGGACAGCGGCUCCUUACCACAGAUCAUAGAUGAUGUCAUUGAAAAGCAAAUCGAGGACGGCCUCCUUCGGCCAGAGCUCCGAGAGAGGGUCAGCUACGUCCUACUGAGGAAACACCGUCACCAAACCAAGAAGCCCAUCCACCGCUCCUUGGUUGACAUUGGAAAGUCAGUCUCCUCCACCACCAAUCGCAGCCCAGGCCGGAGCCCCGCGGCGGGCCCCAGCCUACACCACUCCACUGAGGACCUGAGGAUGCGGCAAAGCGCAAAUUACGGCCGCCUGUGUCACGCCCAGAGCAGAAGCAUGAAUGAUAUUUCUCUCACCCCAAAUACAGACCAGCGGAAAAACAAAUUCAUGAAGAAGAUCCCCAAGGAUUCAGAAGCCUCCAAUGUGCUCGUGGGCGAGGUGGACUUCCUGGACCAGCCAUUCAUUGCCUUCGUGCGUCUCAUCCAGUCAGCCAUGCUGGGAGGAGUGACCGAGGUGCCUGUCCCCACCAGAUUUCUGUUCAUACUGCUGGGACCUUCUGGGAGAGCAAAAUCCUACAAUGAAAUUGGCCGUGCCAUUGCAACCCUCAUGGUAGACGACCUCUUCAGCGACGUGGCCUACAAGGCCAGGAAUCGGGAGGAUCUGAUCGCAGGGAUUGAUGAGUUUCUAGACGAGGUCAUCGUGCUCCCCCCUGGAGAGUGGGACCCAAAUAUCCGAAUUGAGCCACCCAAGAAGGUGACUUCUGCUGACAAGAGGAAAUCCGUGUUCUCCCUGACUGAGCUAGGUCAGAUGAACGGCUCUGUGACGGGAAGUGGCGGAGGGGCUGGAGGCGGCGGAGCUGCAGGCGGCGGCGGCAGUGGGGCCGGCGGAGGGAGCAGUGGGGAUGAUGGAGAGAUGCCAACCGUGCACGAGAUCGGGGAAGAGCUCAUCUGGACAGGAAGGUUCUUCGGUGGCCUGCGUCUGGAUGUCAAGAGGAAGCUGCCCUGGUUCCCAAGUGACUUCUACGAUGGCUUCCACAUUCAGUCCAUCUCUGCCAUCCUAUUCAUCUACCUCGGCUGCAUUACCAACGCAAUCACCUUUGGUGGGCUUCUGGGGGAUGCCACUGACAACUAUCAGGGAGUGAUGGAGAGUUUCCUGGGCACUGCCAUGGCUGGCUCCUUGUUCUGCCUCUUCUCGGGACAGCCUCUCAUCAUCCUCAGCAGCACAGGGCCCAUCCUCAUCUUCGAGAAGCUCCUCUUCGACUUCAGCAAAGGCAAUGGCCUGGACUACAUGGAGUUCCGCCUCUGGAUUGGCCUACACUCAGCUGUCCAGUGCCUUAUCCUGGUGGCCACAGAUGCCAGCUUUAUCAUCAAGUAUAUCACCCGCUUCACUGAGGAGGGCUUCUCCACCCUCAUCAGUUUCAUCUUCAUCUAUGAUGCCAUUAAGAAGAUGAUUGGUGCCUUCAAGUACUACCCCAUCAACAUGAACUUCAAGCCUGACUCUAUCACCAUCUACAAAUGCGAGUGCGUCGCCCCUGACACAGCGAACACAACCGCAUUCAAUGCUUCAGCCACGUCGCCACCCAACACCAACACUUCUCUGUACAACCCCCUUAACCUCACAGCGUUGGACUGGUCCCUGCUGAGCAAAAAGGAGUGUUUGAACUAUGGUGGGCGCCUACUUGGGAAUUCCUGCCAGUUCAUCCCAGACUUGGCACUCAUGUCCUUCAUCCUUUUCUUCGGGACAUACUCCAUGACCCUGACCCUGAAGAAGUUCAAAUUCAGCCGCUAUUUCCCUACCAAGGUUCGGGCCCUAGUAGCUGACUUUUCCAUCAUUUUCUCCAUCCUGCUGUUCUGUGGAAUUGAUGCCUGUUUUGGCCUGGCAACCCCCAAGCUGCUCGUGCCCAGCGUCAUCAAGCCCACGCGGCCUGAUCGAGGCUGGUUCGUGGCCCCCUUUGGGAAGAACCCAUGGUGGGUGUACCUGGUAAGCAUCCUGCCCGCCCUGCUGGUGACCAUCCUGAUCUUCAUGGACCAGCAGAUCACGGCCGUCAUAGUCAACCGGAAGGAGAACAAGCUGAGGAAGGCUGCUGGCUACCAUCUGGACCUGUUCUGGGUGGGCAUCCUCAUGGCUCUCUGCUCCUUCAUGGGGCUCCCCUGGUACGUGGCUGCCACGGUCAUCUCCAUCGCCCACAUCGACAGCCUCAAGAUGGAGACGGAGACCAGCGCCCCCGGGGAGCAGCCGCAGUUCCUGGGGGUCAGGGAACAGAGAGUGACCGGCACCAUUGUCUUCAUCCUGACAGGGAUCUCUGUCUUCCUGGCUCCCAUCCUGCAGUACAUCCCUUUGCCAGUGCUGUAUGGAGUCUUCCUCUACAUGGGUGUGGCCUCCCUGAAUGGCAUCCAGUUCUGGGAUCGCUGCAAACUCUUCCUGAUGCCGGCCAAGCACCAGCCGGACCAUGCCUUCCUGCGGCACGUGCCCCUGCGCCGGAUCCACCUCUUCACCCUGGUGCAGAUACUGUGCUUGGCUGUGCUCUGGAUCCUCAAGUCUACGGUGGCCGCCAUCAUCUUCCCAGUCAUGAUCCUGGGCCUCAUCAUCGUUCGAAGGCUUCUGGACCUCAUCUUCUCCCAGCAUGAUCUGGCCUGGAUUGACAACAUCCUUCCAGAGAAGGAGAAAAAGGAGGCAGAUAAGAAGAAAAGGAAAGGGGCCCAUGAGCACAGUGAAGAGGAGCCCCAGUUCCCUCCUCCCUCAGUUAUAAAGAUUCCCAUGGAAAGUGUCCAAUCAGAUCCCAAAAACGGUAUCCACUGCGUUGCCAGACAAAGAUCUUCCAGUUGGAGUUACUCACUCUGAUUCCUCCUUCAGUGAUUCAGAACUCGACCGAAGCAUCACCCUGCACUUCAAAAUCUCCUGUCCAGCUUCACCUGCCUUCAGCUACUCACAGAGCCCAGUCUUCAUGGUGCCACAGGUGAAGAUAGAGAUGGAGCCAGACUGUGACUUCACAGACAUG